AAGAGCAAUUCUUUUUCUCUGCUUCUGAAUGAAACUUUAAAUAAUUUUAAGGAUUUGUUCUUUAUGUGUUUUCCAAAUUUUAGGUGUUCUUUUCCACUUUUGUAUAAUAAAAAUUGAGCAUGUCUUUCAGAACAUGUCCUUCCACGGCAUUACUUGUAAAGGAUUUUGUGUGUAAUAUUCCUUAAAAUCUACUUCUCCUGUGUAUAACCAAAUUCAUCCUCAAACAAAGUACAUUUCAACUAUCAGUGAGCAUGUAUGAGGCUACAGUUUCUUUCUAAGCCUUUUUACUCACCUUUAAAUGAGUUCAGUUACACACAGCUUAUGUAUUUUAAAAAUCUCCUGAGUUUUCUCUUGGCUAUUUCUAUUUCCAGUAAUUGCUAUGAAAUAGACUAUAUUUCCAGGCCCAAUUUUAGUUACUAUGUAAGGCCAUUAUUUUCUCUUGUUGUAUUAUGCAUUCUGAUGUAGCAGAUGCCCAGUAGGUUGAGGAUUUUUUCUCCUUUUUUGUUAGGAUUUGUUAAGUCAUUUUCUUCUCAAAUGUAAUAUUUUCAUCUGAUUCUAUGAAGAUAUACUGCAUUCACCAAGUGAGAAAAUAUAUGUGAACCACAUCUCCUUUCCUCUCAAUCUACCAUUGAAAGAACCAUAUACUGGAAGGGUGACUAUAGCUAUCUUUAUGAAACCAGAGGAGAGUGCCCUCAGCUAAUUUCAACAGCACACGUACUUUAUAAACUAUUUCCUGUCCCUCUGAAGUUCUUGAUAAUUGAUUCAAUUUUCCUUUGCAAGUGUAACUGUGGCAAGACUCUUCUACUGAGACAAGUGAUGAUGCCACAAGCAGAUAAAGAAUAUCACAAUUAUGUCUGUGGAGUAGCGGGGUAGUUUUGUAGGAGAGAAUGAAAGGGAAGAGUGUUGGAGUAUUCCAUGAAUGGUUGUUUUCCUUUUCAUUUGAUGUUGUUUUUCAUUACUUCUCUACUCUUAGAAAAUAUUUUAUGCCUAUCUAAAACACUGUGUGCUUGAAUUUGUUUACAUGUCCCGAAACACACAUGAGAGAACAUUCAUUUUGCAAGAAUCAAUAGGUUUUAACCAUUUUUACCGGACUGAGCAAUCCUUGUGUUAUUUGAUUGAGACGCUUGGCGGCGCUGUCGACCAGGAAAGAGACGAAAGGAAAAUCCCAGAGCAAAACGUUCAGUAGCAUUAGCGUCAUUCCUUGUUGAAAAGCAGCCGGGUCUGCAGCACAUUUUCAGGCUCUGCCUAAAUCCUGAACUCUGCCAUUGCAAACGUUGUCGUAGCUGGAAUCUGAGCAGUGGAGUCCUGUGCCCAUCCCGCAGUAUUUGCUGACUUGGAGCCACCACAGCAGCACCGCUGUGUUUAGUCCCCAGUUGAUGCGGAGAGACCGUGAUGGCGCCAGCACCGCGGGAAACGAUCAGGCAAGUUCUCUUUGUCUAUAUUUUUCUUUAUGGGGGGUUCCGCGUGGCGUGUGAAACCAUUCGCUAUUCUAUAGCUGAAGAAAUAGCGAUUGGCUCCUUCGUGGCUAAUUUUGCAAAGGACCUGGGGCUGAAUGUGAAAGAGCUGCGCUCUCGGCAAGCUCGGCUCGUUGAGGACGGUAAUGGGGAGCAUUUCUUAUUGGACCUGAGAACAGGGGAACUGGUCACAAAGGACAGAAUAGACCGGGAAGAAAUAUGCGCCCAGAUGGACGAGUGCAUCGUCCGUUUUGAAUUACUGCUGCAAAAUCCAUUGAGGUUCUUCCGGGCUGAGGUGGUCAUUUCUGAUAUCAACGAUCACUCACCUGAGUUCCCAGAGGAUGAAUUCAUUUUAAAGAUCCCUGAAUUGACUACCAUUGGAACUCGCUUCCCCCUGGAAAGUGCCCAGGAUUUAGAUACAGGGAAAAAUACCCUCCAGAACUACACGCUCAUUCCAAUAAGUGAGCUCUUUGUUUUGCAAACCCGGGAGGGCAGCGAUGGCAGCAAGUACCCGGAGCUGCUCCUGGCAAAGGCCCUGGACCGCGAGGAGCAUCCAGAACUCGAGUUCGUACUCACGGCAGUGGAUGGAGGAAUCCCGCCCAGCUCGGGAACCGCCAAGAUCCGUAUCGUUGUUCUGGAUGCAAAUGACAAUGCCCCAGUGUUCUCGCAGUCUCUGUACCGAGCUACUGUUGCAGAAAACAGUCCAGUAGGCUUUGUAGUGACUAUUGUAUCUGCAGCUGACUCAGACCAAGGUAGUAAUGGAGAAGUGACUUACUCAUUCAGUCAAAAUGCCGGCAAAGGUCAUCGUGCUUUCCAGAUUGACCCUCUGACAGGGGAAAUUCGCAUCUCCAAAUUUCUGGACUUUGAAAUGAUUGAGAAAUAUGAACUGAGUGUUCGGGCCACUGACGGAGGGGGGCUAUCCUCGCACUGUAAAGUCCUCGUGGAGGUGGUGGAUGUGAAUGACAACCCUCCUGAAGUGACAGUGACAUCUCUUUCCACUCUACUCCCUGAAGACUCUUUAUCUGGAACAGUGGUGGCCCUUUUCAGCAUCCGGGACCGGGACUCUGGGGACCAUGGGAGAGCAUCUUGCUCCAUUCCGGAUGACAUCCCCUUCAUCCUGAAACCGACUUUCAGCAAUUACUAUGAGCUAGUGACAGAUACAGCCUUGGAUCGGGAAAGGGUUUCCAGCUAUAACAUAACGAUCACUGCUGUAGACUGGGGGUCUCCUAGUCUUUCAGCUUGGGAGAGUGUCACGGUGCAAAUAUUAGAUAUCAAUGAUAACCUUCCUCUCUUCAACCAAUCGUCCUACACUAUGUAUGUAACUGAAAAUAACAGACCUUCCCUGAUGAUUGGAGGCGUAAAUGCUACUGAUUCAGACUCGGGGCAGAAUGCUAAAGUGACAUAUUCUAUCUGGUCUGAGAACAAACAUUCUCCCUUUUCAUCCCCAUUCAUUUCCAUCAAUUCAGAAAAUGGACAGGUCUACAUUCUGAAGACUCUUGAUUAUGAGGAAAUUAAAGACUUCAAAGUGACCGUGCAAGCAUCAGAUUCAGGGUCCCCUUCCUUAAGCACUAAUGUCACAGUAUAUGUAGUCAUUGUGGAUGAAAAUGACAAUGCUCCAGUUAUUUUAUAUCCUAUGCAGAACCACUCUUCUUCCUACAGUGAACUGAUCCCCAGGACGGCUGAAGAAGGUUACUUGGUUACUAAAGUUGUUGCUGUGGAUGAAGACUCAGGUCAGAAUUCCUGGCUUUCCUACCAAUUGCUCAAGGCCACAGACCCUGGACUGUUCAUUGUAUGGUCCCAUAAUGGAGAAGUUCGAACUUCGAGGACCAUCAGCGACAGAGAUGCUAUCAAGCAGAAACUCAUUAUCCUUGUAAGAGACAAUGGUGUCCCAAUACUCUCUACUCCUGCAACUCUAGACCUUCUUCUAGUAGAUGGCUUUUCAGAAGCCCAUAUGCAUGUCCCAGAUUCCACUGAAGAAGAGAAACAAGAUAGCACAUUAACUGUGUAUUUGAUUAUUUCACUGGCUUUAAUUUCCUUUCUUUUUCUAGUUUCUAUCAUAAUCUUCAUAAUUAUCAAGGUAUAUAAGAGGAAACAGCUGAAGGAGAGAUCCCAUUGUGCUGGCCAUUUUGAUGAUGUCAGUAAUUUCCCAAAAAAUUUAGUGGAUGUUACUGGCACAGGGAAUCUCUUUCAGACAUACAAAUAUGACAUGUGUUUAACAGAUGGCUCUGGUAAUAGUGAAUUCAAAAUCCUCAAGCCUGUUAUCCCCAGCCUCCCACCUCAGCUGGAGAACAGUGAAAUAUUCCCUGAAGGGAAUUAAAGCUUUUCCCAAGAUUGAUGCAGAGGAGAAAGGAAAAUAAUGAGACUUUGAUCUUGCUUUAUGUGUUUUCCAGAGUAAGAUAGGGAGAGGAUUGUAUGAAGAUUUCCAUAUAGUAUAAGCUUGACCCUAUGUAGUCUUUAUAUCAUUGCUAUAAUUACUAUUGAUUAUGGGUCCUCUUUUUUGAAAGCAUGUUUUACCCUUUGUAGAGCUAUUUCUUAACUGUGUAAUUUUAAAAAUUUCUUUUAGAAACUACCAUACAUAAUGGGCAACUUUUGGAAGUACAAUGUAUGAUCAUCUCUAGCUCUUGGGCAAGCAAUGAUUAUUUAUAUGCUUUAACAUUAGUGUAGUACACAGAAUGCCUAGAAUAAAUCACAGAAAGAUUUUGCAUUUAGAAAGGAAAAAAAGAAAUGAUGAAAAUAAAAGUUUUUGUAAUACCACAAUGCUUCUUUUGAACUGUCUAGACUAAUUGUCUUACAUGUUACAUCCCUGAAGAGUUGGAAGAUGUUUGAGGGAAUGGUUAUGGUUUUUAAAUACUGAUGUGUUCUAUUAAAGAUUUUAUUUCCAAUAUG